UAAGACAGGUGUAGAGUGUCGGUGCAUAGCUUGCUGCAACGAGGAGGAGACUGCCUGAUCCCAGGGAUUUGCACUGAGGAUCUUGUGAUUCUGUACAUCGGAGAUUACUGGGCUGAAUAUCUCCUCCUGUCGCUGCCAGGAUUAUUCACUGCUAGAUAUGUCCUUCCUGUUUAGAUGGAUCUACAGUGGUUUCAACAGUGUGCUGCAGUUUUUAGGUUUAUACAAGAAAAAUGGAAAAUUAGUAUUUUUAGGGUUGGAUAAUGCUGGGAAAACCACAUUGCUACAGAUGCUUAAAGAUGGCCGAAUGGGUCAAUAUGUUCCUACCCUUCAUCCAACAUCAGAAGAACUGACAAUUGCUGGAAUGACAUUCACUACCUUUGAUUUAGGUGGACAUGCACAAGCACGAAGAGUAUGGAAAAAUUACCUCCCUGCCAUUAAUGGCAUUGUGUUUCUGAUUGACUGCGCUGAUCAUGACCGGCUUGCUGAAUCUAAAGUAGAACUUGAUGCACUACUUGCUGAUGAAACCAUUGCCAAUGUUCCAGUACUGCUGCUUGGCAACAAGAUUGACAGACCAGAGGCCAUCAGUGAAGAAAGGCUACUGCACACUUUUGAACUUUAUGGGCAUGCUACAGGGAAGGGGAAGGUAUCACAGAAGCAGCUAAAUACCAGACCUAUUGAACUGUUUAUGUGCAGCAUAUUGAAGAGACAAGGCUACGGGGAAGGAUUUCGCUGGCUAUCGCAAUAUAUUGAUUGACAAAAAAUGUGCUUUAUUCUUUUUUUUUCAUUUCAUUAGGAUUUUAUAACUUCCUAAAUUCCUAUACAUCAGUGCCAUUUCAAGAAGAUAUGAUUAAAUUGCAAUAAAGUACUAUUUUAUUUUAA